CGUACCAGGUUCAAUGGGUCAAAACUCAGUCGUAUAAUGGCCAGCUGCCAGCCAAUACAUCGGUCCUUACAAUACAAUGCAUACCCAAACAAGUGCAUGUGGUCACUAUUGAGAAUUGGGUCUUUUCAUCGUCUGGGACAUCCAUCUUUAUCAGUUAUUCUGUGGUUCAACUUCACACGUUCGCGCAAUCCGGUUGAAUCAAGGCUCCUGACAAGGCUUUAGCCCUUGAAGCUUGGAAAUUUUCGCACGGCAAUCACGUGAUCAUUGCAUCCAGGGAUGGAUACUGUGUCAGGAGAAGUAAGGGGUGUCAGCAUUAACUCGCUCGAUGCUAAGUUAAAGGAGAUAUGCCUGAAGGCUAUAAAAGCGAAAGAAAACGCCCAUUGCCCUUACAGCAACUACAGGGUCGGGUCAGCAUUACUUACAACUGAUGGCACGAUAUUCGUCGGUUGUAAUGUUGAGAACGCCUCCUACCCACUGUGUGUUUGUGCCGAGAGGGUGGUCAUCAACAACGCAGUGACAAGUGGAUAUAAAAAAUUCUCUGCAAUGGCAAUCUCGGCCGACAGCAUCGGAACUGUAACUGGGCCUUGCGGAGCUUGUAGGCAGUGCAUUAUUGAGUUUGGGACGGACUGGGACGUCUACAUGGUUCAGCACGACCUCUCCUGGUACAAGUUCAAGGCCGGCAACAUGAUGCCCCGACCAUUCAUGCCUUCAACUCUCGAAGAGGAAAGAAUCUCGUGAGAGUUCGACAACUGACCAGUCAAAAACACUCUGACUCUUAGGUUCCACGGACUUCAUAUUUCGAAUGUUUUAACUGCCCUUUUUUGUCAUAUCCAGCGUAGUUUAUUUUUUCUUAAAAGAACAGUUAUAACUCCUUUCUAAAGAAUUUUCUAACGAAACUGAGAAUGUGUCAUUAAACCGUUUUAUGUUAUUCCCAGACUAUACCGCAAUAUGGGAGCCAUGCAUGCAUGAAUAAAGACAUUUUUCUCCAACCAACCCAUGGGAACAGGAACGAUGAACACUAACUAUCAUGACCCUAGUUGUUCUUGGAUUCCUGUCUCGCCGGUAUUGAUUUGUUCGUGCUUCCAAGUCGAUAUCAAUAAAAAAAAACAUUCAAUUUUUAAAUUCUCGACCUUCGAGUUGUUCUUUCCUCAUGUCUGCACCUUCUCCCUUAAAUUCAUGUCUUUUUAAAUUCAUGUAUUUUUAAAUAGUUUACAUGAAUUUAAGGGAAAGUGGAAGAUUAUAGACACUGGCAUGAUCAGCAGCCGCCCGACUUCCAUUACAUUAAUGACAUACUAUGUACAUGUAUUCCUGACUCACGAUUAAUAAGAUGCGAACGGCGUACCCCUUAAAGCGAACUGGAACCGCCGAGCGAUUUAUUCAACUUUUCGACUUUCACCGUCCGAGAAAGUCGAGUUCAGAUUUGUAGCUCCGCCCCCAGUGCCCGAGCAUGCGCAGUUCAAUUUGUUAUUAUUGAGAAUCAUGUGAGAAUCACGUGAGUCAUGCGAUCUUUCAUUCAUGAAUUUUCGUAGUAAAUUCCAUAGUAGUGACGUCACUGAAUGAUUGACAGCUAGGCGCCAUGUUUCAUUCAUGCCUCGCUCUGAUCACCCGAUACGCGGGAAAUGAAAACGAGAUCAUACGAACUGGCUUGGCGGUUCCAGUUCGCUUUAAGGUAUUGUUUGGGAAUCACGCUCAUGUCUCUACUUCCUCAUUAUAUCAUUGGGCCUCUGGCUGUAAGUUGAUCACCUCACAAGAGCAAUUUCGACUGUGUUGCGCCGCGAUUAGUUUUAAUGGCUCAUCAUGCACAUCACACGAGAUUGCUGCGCGUGCAUGUAGCCAUUCCCCGGUGGUCUUCCAUAAAAAAUCCUACACGUUUGAAAACCGGACCUCGACAGCGAUCACUCGAUGUUGUCGGGGUCCGUUUUCGAACUUGUCUUAUUUCUCGACUAAAGAUUAUUGAUGCCUCCGUAUCCAUAACUAUCCACUAUCGAAAUAUUACACACACUGGGAUCCUGAAUUAAGAUAUACUUAACUACAUGUAGCUAAUCGCUUUGGUAAUGUUUUUGGUGUGUGUAUGUAGCCUGGUACUACCGACCCAGGCGUUCAGAGGCGUUACUCUGGCAAGGGUAAUUGCUUGACCAUACAGUCCUUUGAAUUAAUUGGUCAUAACAAUGUAGAAAAAGUAAUCUGAUCAAGAGUGAACAUUUUGUUAGCCUUUGCUUUCAUGACGCUGUUAUGAUGGUACAUGUAAAAGUGAUCGAAGAUCCCCCUUAAACUUGGCGCUGCUCCCCAAGUAGAGGCAGAAAUUGAUCGCAUUACUCACUACGCAGAGCACGAAGCCUAUCUCGAACGAUAGCGCCCUGGCGGCUGGGUUCGAAACAAGGACGUCGCCCAAGCAGCACCGCCAAGCCAUGGAGUCAAUCGUGUAAGGCAGAAUAAGAAUAAGCAAAGAGGUCGCAACAACCACCAACAUCACUGUCAAAUUCCUUUCCUUCUUUGAACGAGAUUUUUUACCAGUGCUGGUGUCGCCUAUGACAUCAGACCUACUUUGACUUAGGCUAAUUAUAAUGGCAAUGUUCAGCAUGAAUAAAAGCCCAAGCGGAAUUAUGACGUCGACGACUGCGUUAAGGAUGUCAAAGACUAAAAGGUACCAUUCUAGAACCACCGGUAUUUUACAAUAUGUAAGGGUACCCGAUCCAUCCUGUUGUGUAGAACGAAAUGCAUUUGGUAUGUAGAUAAUGAUGUGUAAAAGCACGUUCGCCGAAACUAGAACCCUUGCUCGCUUCAUCGUGCACCACAAGUUUGCUUUGAGGGGAAAUUUCACAACAAUGAAUCGGUCAAGAGCAACAGUAGUUAUUAGCCAAAUCGAAAUGUUAAAGGAAACCAUCCCAAGGAAAAAUUGCAACACGCAAAGAAAAUCUCCUGCGGGGUGAUUGCUGAUGAUAUUUGGUAGCAGCUUCAAGAUGAAUCCAGGAAGCAGGUUCGUUACAAGAGAUUGUGUGUCUGAAAUCGCCAAGAUUUUGAAAUAGAAAGACAUGACGUUUGAUCGGUUACUGGGUAAAUUCAUGACGAGAAAGCUGAGUGUAUUUCCAACCAGCCCAAACAGAAUUACCACUGGGUAUACGUACAUUUGAAUGUAGGAUGUUACCUCCGAAAGUGGAGAGACCAUCUCCGGGCUGUGUAACGUCACCAUGGCCGCCGCUGCACCCGAAUAGGACUUUUCCAAAUGGUAUUAUAUUCCAAGCGUUCACUUCUUGUCUCGUGUCUGUCAAGAAACCGCUGCUCUCUGCAUGCUGUCAGGCCUGCACCUUUUAUGUCUAAAAUUGAAGACUGCGGCCGCCCUAUUAGAAAAGCUCAUCCCGCCUUGGAAGAGUAAUAGAUCCUGGAGAAUGG